UUUUUACAUCAGGAGACAAACAGAUCACAAGUAGCUACAGCACUGAUUCUUGACUUAUUUCCUGCUGUAAAUAAUUUGGUGAAUGUAUUUAGAUCUGUUAUUCCAAUUAAUCAGGGGAGUCAAAAUCCAACAUUCAGGGAGAUUACUACAUUGGUAGUAACUAUAGCUCAGCAAAUAAGCACAUUCUGUCUUGCUUGGAUAAUAAUUGAUUAUGGCCAAACUGACACAUAACAUAAACUAGACAGAAUAUUCUUGGCUGAUAAGAGUAAAAGUUCUGCCCAUUCUAAAUGGUAUCUAGAAAACAAGGUUCAUAGCUUUGGAAUACUUUUGAUCUUUGUUACAUGAAUUUCUCAAAUUAUAGCAGUAGUCAUUAAUACUCUGUUUCAGUUUUUAGCAAGCAUCUGUAGAUGAUAUUAUCUGGUCAGUUAUUUGUGCUUUACUGGCGUCCAUAUUGGGUUACUGUAAAAUAAUCUACCUAAAGGGGAUUUGAAAAAGUAACUAAAAUUUCCAAUAAUAUUUUUCAUAACUAAAGGCAAAAAGCAUGGUUUAUAAAUCACAUUGGCUGAUUUACAUAACAAAGAAGCCAAGAAUUGCCCCCCUACAGACACACAUUUUGACUUAAGAUGUUGUGUGAGCCAAUGUAUUUGUUAGACUUUUAUUAAAUAUAGCUUGAUGGAACUCAUGCUAUGCCUUUGAUAUCUCCGGCCCUUGAAGGGUUUUCCAUCCAGUCAGCUUACAAAUUUGAGCUCCCUUCCCUUGACCAUCUUCAAUCCACUGCUGAACAUUGAGAAAGACUCCUUAAAUAAGAUCCAUAAAUGGUGCUAUAAUAGCUAACCAGUGCUAUAAUCUUCCUUGAAAAAUUGCUCUUCUGCAUUAUUGUGAAGUUUUAAAAAGCCUACAUGGAAGCAGUUUUAAAGAAGGGCUGCUACAGAGUAGGGGAGAACUAAUUCCAUUAUAGCUACUGUUAAAAGCCCUAAAAAAAGUCAAAAUCAAGCUUUUAAAAUGAUCUCCAUUAUUAUCACUGGAGACUGUCAUAAAGCCUAAUUGCUUUCUCUGUGUGUGUACCUGCAUUCCAUGCCCAUGUGCUUGCAAACAUUUGUGUGUAGAGAAAGUAUAACAGGAGUGACAAUCUUUCUCUCUUCUUAUUUUACAUAUAUUGGCUAUUAUUAACGAUGCAUUUCUAAGUUCUAAGUUCAAAAUGCUGAGAAAUGUUACUUUUAAAAAUCUAAAUGGAUUAAAAAUAAAAUCUUCUCAUAUGGCCCUUUUUACCUUAUGUGACCAAGUGAAGAUGCCCUUCUGCUUUUCUCACUGAAUACAUUUAUUAUUUAUAUAUCACACUAUUUAUACAUUACAUUUAGUAAGAUCAAGGAACCGGAUGUUCUCUGCAGCAGAAACCAAGAAAUGUAACUUUUUUUCCAGAAUCAUUCUUUUAUUCAUUAAUAUGCAUCUUCAGUUAAAGUGACCUUUUCCAAGGAACUCAAAGAAACAUUCCUGCUUUUUCCUAAAACAACUAGUAGUAGCCUCAGAAUGCCAUAAAGUUGGCUAGAUUACAAGUAGGCUGGAAUCACUCUGAACUCCUUUGAGUAGUAUUGGGAAUUGAGUGUUUCAGUCAAAUCAAAUAAUGUCUAUUCCCUUUACUAAGAGUUUAUAUUGCUGUUGGGUUCAGACUUCAAAAGACACCAUUACUUUAUUGUGCAAACUCAGCUGUCAUUUGCAAACCAUGGGUGUUGGCUAAAUGUUAGGUAUAAAUGUAGUUUACUGGCUUAUUUAAGUGUCUUGGAUUGUGAGUGUCCAACUGACCUUGAGGAUUAAAGAGUGAGAAGGCAGAAUAGAAUUUGCAAUAUCAGUACUUAGCAUACACCCUUUUUAGGCUUAAGGAUUAUCCUAUUCAGUAUUUAUCUUCAUCUCCAGGGCAAAGAGUACGGGAUAACUGAAAGUACUGAGUGCUUUAACCAUAAAUAAACAAUACCUCUUUUUAAUUUAAAUUACUUAAUUUGCAUUUAGAUUUGUGAGGUUAAUGAAUGCGGUCACUCAACUUCAUCCUAUGCAAAUACAGGCUGGCUGGGAAAACGCCACUCCGAUACCUUUUCCCUCCUCCCUCCCCCACAAAUAAUCGGAACAGGAGACCAGUCUUAACCUUACGCGGACUUAAAACGCCGGGGGACUCAGAGGGACUGGAUGCGUUGGCAUCACCCUGAAGCAGCGCGGAGCCGCAGCCUAAGUUGAAGGAACGGCUGGCUGGCGAUCGCUUGCACCCUCUUGCCGGCAACUGGGGGCGUGUUUCUACGUCGGGAAGGCGGCCGCUGCAGCAGUGGCCACCACCCCCGUUUCCCCUCCGCCUUUCUCAAGUCUGAGCUUGUUUUUGAACCGGGCGACAGUGGCGGGGAGGACAGCUCCCUCCGGCGUGGUUCCAAGGGAGCCAUGAAGAGCCGGCGACAAUGGAGGUGGCGAUGGCAGCUCCAUCGGCGAUUUGCGCUGGGUUUAGCCGUCUACACGCUGCUGCUCCUGCUGCUCGUGUCUUACACGCUGGACUAUCGAGCCAGAAGGGGGGGCGCGGGCGAGGAGUCGCAGUUGCCCCACGGCUGCCCCAGCCUGGAGGAGGCGCUCGGCGACUGGGGCUGGAAAGAGCCACCGCCACCACCACCACCAGCGGCAGGAGAGGCUGAGGACGGGACCCGGAGGGCGCCCAGUCUGCGAAGCAGAGUGGGCGGGAAGCGGCACAUCUACUUGCACGCCACCUGGCGCACCGGCUCGUCUUUCCUGGGAGAAGUGUUCAAUCAGCACCCGGAUGUUUUCUACCUGUACGAGCCCAUGUGGCACUUGUGGCAAGCGCUCUAUCCUAGCGACGCGCUGAGCCUGCAGGGCGCCCUCCGGGACAUGAUGCGCUCUCUCUUCCGCUGCGACUUCUCGGUCUUACGCCUCUAUGCCACACCGCCGGCCGGCCGCGACCCGCUCAUCCCCGUGCCCGCCUCCUUCGGGGCCAAGUCGGGCAGCGGGAGCGGCAACCUGAGUACGGCGAGCAUUUUCGGGUGGCGGACCAACAAAGUGAUCUGCUCCGCGCCUUUUUGUGCCCGCGCAGCCCGGGCCCGCGCCGACGUGGGCCUUGUCGACAGCGCCGCCUGCGAGCGGAGCUGCCAUCCGCGGCCGCUGCAGGAGUUGGAAGCCGAGUGCCGAAAGUACCCAGUGAUGGUGAUUAAGGACGUGAGGCUGCUGGAGUUGGGGGCGCUGCUGCCACUGCUGCGAGACCCGGACCUCAACCUGCACGUCAUCCAGCUUUUCCGCGAUCCCCGCGCAGUCCAUAAUUCUCGACUCAAAGCCAAACAGGCGCUGCUCCGGGAGAGCAUUCAGGUGCUGCGGAGCAAGUAUCACGCCGAGUUCCGAAGACUGCCCCGCCGGCAGCUCCCGCCCGCUGCCGCCGCCAUCGCCGGCGGUGGAGCCGUCCGAACACAGCCGCAGCAUCGAGCCGAAUUCUUCCUGGGCGGCGCCCUCGAGGUGAUCUGCCAGGCUUGGCUGCGUGAUUUGAUCUUCUCCCGCCGGGCCCCCGCCUGGCUGCGCCGUCGGUACACGCAAGUCCGCUACGAGGACCUGGUGCUGGAGCCGCGCGCCCAGUUGAGCCGCUUGCUGAGUUUCGCGGAUCUUCCCGCGCCGCCGGCCCUCGAGGCCUUCGUCUUUAACAUGACCCGCGGGGUCGCCUACUCCUCGGAGCGGCCCUUCCUCAUCUCCGCCCGCGAUGCUCGGGAAGCCAUCCACGCCUGGCGGGAGCGGCUCAGCCAGGAGCAGGUGCGCCAAGUAGAGACUACCUGCGGAGAGGCCAUGAGGCUCCUCUCCUACCCUCCGAGCAGCGAAAAGAGCGUUCGACGUGACUCCGCUAGGGGACGCUCCAGUGCUUCUCCUCAUCCAGAUUGACAUCUGAGUACCAACUCCUGUAAUUCCUGUAUUUGAAUGAGGACUUUAGUCUCUUGAACAUGAAUCAGGCUCCAAAAGAAAGAAAAAGCUUGCAAAAGUAUUAUAAUGCUACUAUGUCUCAGCCAGCAACAUUCUUGCCUUGAAACUCGGUAAGUUUUAAAAGUACAGAAAAUAGAGUGCUUUAUAUGUAACUUCUGCAUUGGCAUAAAACCUGAGAAACUCAAAUUAUCUGAUCAUUCAUUUCUAAUGAGUAAAUGGUCUUAGUUUUCCCACAUAAAGGCAUUAUGCCAUCAAGAAUUUCUUAUUUAUUUGCAUGCCUUGUUUUGUCUGAAGAGCCAACUUGUUUUAAAGUGCCAAGAAUGAUAAUGCCAAGAGACUGGUAAUGGACUACUAUUUUCUUGCUGAAAAUCUAUUCUUAAGUCAUCUUCUGAAGAGAAUCAUUCCUCUGGUAGGGAGGAGGGGAUAGUUUUAAGAACAGCUGCAGAAACAUUUCAUAAAAUCUCAUGGAAGCAUGUAUAAAGCAUGGUUGAAACAAACAGAUUACUUCAUAAACUGGGAUUGGGUAUAGACACAUCAAACCUCAAGAAUCCUGAAGAUGUAAAUCAAGGCCAAAAUUAGGAAAUAUUUAUGCUGCUUAGCUUGAGAUUUGACCCAAUAAGUUUUAGUUUCUAAAACAAAGAAAUCACCCGGAAAAACAUUCUGGAAACAAGCAUUAUACAUCUUGAGGUUUCCAUUUCUGUCUUUCAGGAAAAGCAAGAGCAUGUAAUCCAAAAUUGUCUUGCUUUUGAUAUAUCCUGAUUUUGUACGCUGAUACAUGCAGAUGUUAUUCAGAGGUUAAUACUACUGUUGUAAAUGUCUACAGCUAUGGACAUUUAUAAGUAAUAUACUUGAUAAGAAUCUCAAAAGCACAUUUACCUCUCAUAAGUAGAUAUUCUUAGGUGGGCGCAGACUUACUAAUAUUACUUUUGAUAUUACUUCACAUGAAUGCCCACAAAAGUAAUAUCAGGACUGAGAGUGAUUCUGUAUACAGAUUUGUGAAAAAGUAUUUGCUGUAUUUCAGAUUUUCUGAAUUUUUCCACUGAAUGUUUUUCAGAUUUUUAUGUGGAUCUUAAUGAUACAUUAACUCCAAUGUUUGAUUUCACAAAUGAUGAUCAAUCAUAAUUUGUUUUUUUAAUUUAAUCUUAGCAAACAUAUACUAGUUUACAUAAUAUGUGUCUGUAAAAUGGGACACAAAGAUUUCUACAUAUAUUAUUAAAUAUGUAGAUAAAUCUUGAAAAGUAUAAAACUACUAAGGCUGAAUACUGAAUUGUAUUUGAUUUGCAAAGCACAGAAGAUGGUAUUUUUCACUUAAUUUCUUAAAAAUUGAAUAGAAAUGUGAAUUAAAGAAGAGCUGUACAUUAGAAUCUCUGUGCAGAAAGCUGAAGAGAAGAAAAUGUAUGUUUUCUCUAGUUUUUUCCAGUAGUGAAUCUUUUACAAUUUAUUUUAUGUGAUUGGGUUAUGCACAGAAUUAACCAUGGCUUGUAAUACCAUCUUUCAUAUUGUCUUAGUCUAGUUCUCAUCUAUGUAGGCUUAUAUCCAGGUAAUUAACUAAUAAUAUCACAAUGUUAACCUAAAGAUUAUAUAUAUCCUAAAGGUUUCAAGCCAUCAAACCUUUAUGGCCACUAACAUGAGGUUUAUUUAAAUUCUAGAUUGAUAUAUAUAAUCAGCUUUUGGGUGUGCAAUUUAAUAGUGGAUUGAUAAUGAGUUGAAGAUCAGUCUAGCAGGAGUAGAUAGUAAAAGUCAUGCAGACCAUGAAUCUACUCUAUACCAAAGUUUAAACAACAAAAUUUGAUGUAUAGAGCCAGCAUCUCUAACAUGAUUGUCUUCUUUCAUAUAAAUGUCUUAUACAUGUACAUGUUGAAUAAGUCCGUUCACGUGGACAUGUCAAGUUGUAUUUUCUGACCUUGACUUCACUUGAUCAGUAUAUUAUAUUAUAUUAUAUUAUAUUAUAUUAUAUUAUAUUACUGAGAGAGCCUAACAAAUUUUCACACAAAGGAGGCACCAAAAUAUUACAUUCUGAUAGUUACCUAGCUGAAGUGAAAGUAUACAUUUUAUUGGUUAUAUAACCGAAAAUACAUUAAUAUUGGUUUCCAUAUAUGGUUUUAAAAUAAUCCAAAUAAAGAGAGGAAUUAUAUACAUAAAGAAAGACUGUCUUCUAUCACCAUUGAUAGCCAAAUCAUGAACUGGCCCAGCCAAAUGCUGAUUUUGUUUUUCCCUGGUUCAAAGUAGCCAAUUAUUACCUACACAAGACAGGCAAUUGCAACCUGCUUAUUCUGUAAUCAAGAGUCCCUAAUAUACAGAUUGGCAUACCUUUUAUACACUUUUGGAAAGCAUAGGCAUAUGAUAACUAGCCAGCUAUAGGCAACAAGCAACAAUUCACACCCCGGGUAGAGAACAGCCCUCCCAGAAAGUAGGUUCAUUACUAAAAUGUUACAGCCCUUGCCCUUCUGACCCUCAUCUGUAAGGCUGAUAAGUAAAUAUAGAAAAUAUUCUAGCUAAAUUAUCUGCAACUGGAAAAAGAAAUUAACCCUGAAUCAGCAGCUGGCCUGGUUUGAGUUCCUUGAUUAGGUAGCCUUCCUAAAAAUGUUAGGGCAAGGAUGUGAGCCCCAGGAAUGAGAGGCCUGAAGGGAAAAUAUUUAAAAACAAUUUAUUUAUUUAUUUAUAUUUUAUUUAUUGAUUGAUUUAGUCUGCAGCUAGACAUUGACUGGUUAUUUAAAAAGUGAAGAUGCCCUGCUGGUAGCCACAUGAAAAUAAUUCUGUAUUGAUUUUGGCAACAACUCUGAAGGUGAUUUACCAGUGCCUUUUUCUAGAAUGUUUUUCAACUUUUCAGUAUAUCUUACAACUCUGGUAUUUCCUGAUGGCUUCUAACCAAGGAUUAUUUUUAAGUGCUGUGUAGAAAGCAGACUUUUGUCUAUCCAAUAAAGAGCACAAAUGCUCUUUUGUCUUAGCUGUGUUUCUUUUCUUUAUCCUAUUUUCUGUUGGUUCUUUAGUAUGUAACUAUUCUUGCAUUCUGGACCCUUUAGGACACUUUUCUUUCAUCUAAAAUCUAGGCCUCACAUUCAACUAAAUGAUGAUUUGUUGAAUUACGUAUUGUUGGAUGUCUGCAUUUUGCACCAUAAACCAUGUUUUCCAAAUCUUUUUUUUAUAAUACAAGUUUUAUUAUUUUUUCUUUUUACAACCAAAUGCUUGAGAAACAACAUGGUGACAGGGUAAUCAAUUAUGCCAAAACAAAAUCAUACAUAUGUAAUUCAAAUUAAAUCAUUACAAACUCCCUCUCUGUUCCCUCAAAUAUUAUAUUAUAUUCAAAUUAAUAUAUAUUUCAAUAUAAUUCAAUCAAUCCAAACAAUCAUUAAUAACAUUUCAUUUAUAUAGAUCAAAAUCCUGUAUUAAGCUUUACAAUUUACAAUUACCAUAUUCCCAUUUAGCUUAAAUAACCAUAUUAUUAACACUUCAGGUGUCUUUCCCUUCCCUUUUCCUUGACAUAAUUAGUAACUCAUUUAUUAAUUUCAUUUCUUUUAUCAAAAAUCCCUCUUAUUCCCCUUGCUUCACAAAAUAGCUUUCCUUCCUAGAAAACAAAAAUAUUACUCCAAACAAUGCAUUUCUAAUCUAUUUUAAAUCUAUAAUCUAUCAAUCAAUCAAAAUCUAUAUAAUACUCUUUUAACCCAUUCAAUAACAUUUAAAUCCAAUUCAAAUUAUUAUUAUAUCCCCCAUGCACAUAUUAGUACAAAAGCAAACAUCUUUUCGCUAAUUUCACAUUUAAUUAGUCUUUCUUCAAUCAGGAUCUCUGGUAUCUUAUUUGCCAAGUUUAAACUUUAAGUCAAUCCGUGUCUAAAAAGUCUUUAACCCAUUAUGUACCAUUUUAGAUCACAUUCUUAAAUCUUAAUCUAGCUUUCUUUUUGUACCAAGCCGGUUUCCAUAACAAAGCCUCUAUGUCAACGAAUAAGUCUCUUUUUAUUCCUUGUGGUAGCAUUUGAAUCAGGGAAGAGCGUCCCCUCUUCUGUUUUAGAGAUCUGAGUCCUUUGUAGGUAGUCCCUUGUUGUUUUAAAGAUUCAAGCCUCAACAUUUCACUCUGCUGAAUAGGAGACUCACUCCUGACCAAUUUUGUAAUUAGUAGUUAGUUAACAACAUUGUCAUAGUUCUUAAUCAAUUGUAAUUGGAAGUCCAUUUCUGUUAAUUUAAAAGGUAUUGAUGAUUUAAUUGCAAUCAUUUUUUGAUCAUCAAAAAUCUCAAAAGGUUGUGUAUCAGAUGAAAUAGAAUCCUCUUUAAUGAUGAUUAAUUCUUCUAUUGUUUUUUUGGUCUGUAGAAUAUUCAGAUGAGAUCUGAAAAUCGGUUUGUAAGUUCAAGAUAAAGUUUCUGUUUGUUAUUUCUGUAGUACUCUCUCUUAUUUGGCAACAUAUUUGCUCAGUGGCUUCAUAGAUUUUCUCCAGUAUAAGUUUACAGUUGAAAUGUAAAUAGGAUUUCUCCAUUUUCAUUGGUAACUAGGACCAGACCAGUUAUCUUUUAGUGAAGGCUGUAUUCAAAAACAUUUAGCCAGUGUCCACCCCCACAAAACAGCUGUUGUUUCUUUGUCUUUUCCUUUAUGGUAAUCUGAAGGUCAAAGCCAAACUCAUCACCAGACAAAAAACAAAGACUGUUACAAUUUUAAAUUUCUCCACAAGGUGUCCUCAGUAGGCUAUAAAAUACUCUUUCCAGACACCAAAGAUAACAUUGUCAAAGUCAGACAAAGAAAGAAAAACCAAAAGAAAAUAAUAUUUUUCACAUAUAUGCUGAGUCCAGUAAUAAAGUUUAAUAGUAAGAAUCUUUUCAAGACCCCAAAGUAGAUGAAAGUCAAAGAUAGUCAAUUAGAUUCAAUUUUCAUUCCAUUUCACAGCUUUCCUUCCCACACACUAGCACAUGCCGCUCUCUUAAAACAGGGAAGUAGUUCCAAAAAAUGCUUUUUGCAGGAAACCAAAAGAAAAAAGGACUCAGAGAGGAAAGGAAAAAACUCACCCGGAUCAACCACGGUGGUUCUUUGUGCUUAGAUGGUCUUCUGACUUCUGGUUACAGCAGCAAAGUGAUCGGCCAUUUUACUGGCCGAUCUUUCCUCCGUCGGCCCUAAGGAGCAAUCUUGGACUGCGGAAGAAGCUGCCGUUCUCCCACGGUCGAUGAGGACCUCCUACCGGCAGAGGGAAAUCAGCCAGCAAAGAGAGCAGUCUCUUCGCAUGGCUGCAAACGCCGUGAUCCGGAACCGGAAUUCCAUGUUUUACAAAUCUUAAUGAGUUGUUUUACAAAUCUCAUUGAACCAUAAUCUGGAUUGUUGGGUUAAUUUUGGUUAAUCAUUGGUGAAUCAUCCUUGAAAUUGUAUAGACUAGUCUCUGGCAAUGUAAUGAUCUCAUAUGUAUUAGAUUUCAAAUCCUAUAACACGUGUUUAUCAUGGUCAAAAUAUCAGCAUUAAACUAAUAUUAGUUUCAGAUUACUAUUAAAAUUUAAUACUAUUUGGAGGAUGUCUUUAGAAAAGAUUGGUUAUCUUGUCAUUGGUUUGCUUUAGCACAUGGUAUGAACUCAACUUAGGAUUUGCAAAUCAUUAAUUUUGGCUUAUUUGGGAAACCGUGAUGGAGCAAACCAUGAUUUAGCACAUCUGAGUCAAUACUUUGCAGCAUAGCAUCAUUAUUUGCAUGGUGAUAUCACCAUACUUUGCUUUGGACACUAUUGCAUAGCAUGCUAAACCAAAAAUACCAUUUAGUAAGGAUAUACACCUACCACCAUUUUACUUACCAUGGCAUGCACCUCAUUAGGGUUUUUGCUGUAUCUUUCAAGUCCACAAAAGUUGCUAUUUGAAUGUCUGGAAAAUUAAAUUUAAGCUAAUGAAUAUUUGUUACAAAUUCUGGUUUCAGUUUCAGCUUGGAUAACCAUAAUAAAUUGGUUGAACAGUCAUUUAUAAAGCAGGCAGGGGAUUGUUGAAACAUAAUGUAUCAAUUUAUUAAUAGGGAUUUUUAAUAAAACAUAUCAUACAAACAAAACCUAUGUAGAUCUAUAAAGUCAUGAAGUGUUCAUUCAUAUAUCUUUUUGCUGAUUCUGAUUCUUGCUUCUAUAGGACUUCAAUAAACUAGAUUUUUGUUAGAAGGUACCAGAAUUAUCUAUUCCUUGUACAAAAAUAAUAUGAAAUAUAUUUCUCAAUUUAAUAGUUAUGGAGUGCAUUUUUAAAAUCAUUUCUACAUUAAUACAUGUUCUGAAAACAGUGUUUACUUGCAUAAUUUAAAGGACUCCUUUAUACCUCACUAACCAUAGAUUAGGUUUUGCCACAUUUUGAAAGUAAGGUUUUGAAUCAAAAUAAUUUUACUAACUAAAAUGCCAUUCUGCAAACAUAGUUAUUACACUAUAUGAAUGAUAUUUUACAUAUUAAAUAUUUGUAUAUUGAUUGAUUUGAUGAUGAUUAUGUGCCUUAAAGUUGGCAUUGCUUCUUAGUGACCACAUAGAUUUUCUCCAGGAGCAUUUAUUCCAACCUAAUCUUUCUAUCUUCCAAUGGUUUACCCAUUAUCACUGUAAUUUAGUCCAUCAACUUUGAACUUGUUGUCCUCUUCCUCCCUUUCCUUCCAUUCUCCCCAUCAUUAGAGGUCUGCAUAUACCGUAAUAUGUUUGAAGUACAAUAAUUUGACCCUGGUCAUUUGUGUGAUUAGUAAGAAUUCUGGGUUGACUUGUUUGAUGAUCUAGGUAUUCAUUUUCUUGGCUAUCCAUAGUAUUUCCAAGUAUCUUCUUUAACACCAAAAUUUGAAAGCACCAAUGUUUUUUCUAUCCUUCUUCAAAGUCAAAUUUAUAUAUUGCAUAUCAAGUACAAUUUAAGAUGCUGGUACUGAUCUUUUAAAAAAUGUUAAAUUUGAUUCCCUUUUAGACACAAAUUCAAACAUUUGUGUCUAAAAUAUUAAAUUUUCCUUAAUAGCUAUUUUCAUAGUAAAGUAUGUCAUGAAACAUCCAGAAAUUUGUAUAUUAAAUUAGGAACUUCCCUUUGUACUACUUUUUUACAUGAUAAAAUAUAUAUGCUUAUGUCUGUGUAACUUUAGUGAAAAUAUAUAAUGAGUCACAGAUAGCCUUUUUAAAUAUGAUUUUUUUCAGACUAAGAAAACAUGAGCCACUAAUUAACCUAUGAUGUACAGACCUUUUUAGUACCACUUAGAUUUUAGAAUAAAAUGCAAUUUAGCCUAAAGUUUCUUCUAAAAACAUGGUUGAUAGUAUCCCUGUAGCUAUUCACUUUCAUAACUUUCUUUUUCAAACUACCUUAGCCUCAGGUUCUCCACUAUGGAGUAAACCUUUUGCCUUUCUUAAUAACAAUAUUUCUACCAAAGAAAUCUUGGAUAGUACAUUGAAUCUCAAAUUAGCCACACUGGCUGGAUUUGCAAAACCUAUUAGACUAAAUUGCAGUUGGCUAAUUUGUGAAUCAGUUGGUGCUAUUAUAUCAUCCAGCAAUUUGGUUAUUUUUUUUAGGUAACCACAUGAUAGGCAAUGCAUUUUUUAAAAUGUAAUUUCUGCUUCUGUUUAUAUAAGCACUGGGGUUAUACGAGCAUACAACUUUUAAAACAAAAACGCAAGAUUUAAAACGACAUUGAAUAAGUAAAAUUAAAAGAAUUAAGCAUUUAGUGAAAAAGAUACAUUAUAUGUAAUUGACAGCCAAUGAAAGUCUUUCUGCACAGUUAUCAUGUGAUCCCUAUAGUCUAUACCAGUUAGCAGUCUGGCUGCAGCAUUUAUGCCAACUGAAAUUUCUAGACAUUCUUUAGAUUUCUUAAAAUAAGCCCAAGCAGUACCUUGUUAUCUCCACUUAUGCUCUAGCCCUCUAUCUAACCUCAUUAUUGCUCCGCCAGGAUGUUAGAGGUGAGUGUCAGCAGUUAUAGCAUUAGCCACAUAAGCCACACAUCUCUGUCAUCCAAUAUUUCAACAUAUUGAUGAUAGAUGCCGUGAUAAUUUACCCAAGCACCAUCACAUAUCUGGGUCAGAUUAUUUUAGCCAGUCUUUCUCACCUACAUCUCUUUCCCAGUUAUUAUUUGCAGCCCGUGUUCUUUAUUCAAAUCAAUCAGCUUCAUAUUUCCCAUAUCAAAAAAAGAAAAAA